AUGGCCGCGUUAACCGAGCGCUUCCAGGGCCUGCGCCGCCCUGGCGCUUCCCUGCUCAAAAAGGGUCUUCCUUCACGGCCGGACGAGCCCGUGAUUACUCGCAAAGCUGUGCCUCCCCCCAAAGUUACUGUCGAACAGCCUGUUGUCGCGCCGCCGCCCCAGAAGGGUCUUCCGCCGGCUCCCGUGUCUCCCCCGCCAUCCUCCACGCUUCCGCCCACUCCAUCGGCUGCUUCUGAAGUCUCGUCGCCGGCCUCUGCUGCGACUACCGUCACGCCUUCCACUGCGCAGUCGCAGCCACAGUCCAGCCGACCGCCGCGAUCUACCUCGCUGAAGAAAUCGCAGCCCGCCGCCGCUGAGCAGCGACCUCAGCACCGACUCGUUGCACACCUCCAAGUCAAUAACAACAGCCCUCAACAACGCCCAAUCAGCGAAGCCCCCUCAAUCUCGCAAUUCAUCCCAGACCCCGAACCAGAACCCGACUUUGACGCGGCCGAGUUAACCGUUACCGCCAACGACUUCGCCAGAGGAGGUGGUGGUAGCAGUGGUGGUGGUGGUGGUGGUGGUGGUGGCGGACGCUCCGAAACCUCGGAAAACUCCAGCGACCAACAGACCCCGUCAUCCUCCACCCACAGUAAUGGCAGCGGAAUCUCAUCCAGCAUCUUCAAGAACUACCCGGACGGCUAUGUCCCGUCCAUCCCAGAGACAAUCGUCAUCCCGCCCCUGACGCCCGUCCACUACGCGUGUUUCCAGUCGCAUGCCAACAUGCCUGCGGCUAGUAACAUGUGGUACGCGACGGCGUGCAUGACGUGCAAGAAAGUUGACCAGGAGGUCCGGCAUCGCUGCACGUUCUGUUGCAUGCGAAUUUGUGCCCCGUGUUUUGAGCGCUUGCAGAAGUGUAAGGGCAGGGGGUUGAGGGAGUUGAUGUCUACACUAUAA